UAAUUCAUUCAUUCAUCUUUCUCAAAGAAAAAAUAGGUUUUGACCGAAAAAUCAAGUGAUAGUCGGUUUUGUUCCCUCCCUUCUUUCUUUCUCUUGUUGAAGGAACCUUGCUUGCCGCAACUGCAACACUCGAACAUGGCGACUCCGUCACACGCUCAAGCUGUCAAGUCUCUCAACAAAUCCCCUGGUCGCCGUCGCUUUGUUUUUAAGUCAUUCUCUGAGAGAGUUGAUGAUAUCGAUAUCGACGUCUAUCGAAGCCUCCACAAGCUCAAACCUGAGCCAUCUGAGGGUUCCUCUUUUUUCAGAGACUGCCUUAUUGAAUGGAGGGAAUUGAACACCGCAGAGGAUUUCAUCUCACUGUAUGAAGAAAUUAUGCCUUGGACACAAUCAUUGCCCCUGGUGCUGUUGCACAAGGAAACAUUGAUAUCAAUGCUUCUUUCUAGGUUGCACAUGGAAGCAAGGCUAUCCCUUGACGCGAUUCUCAGGUUAAUUGCAGCUUUAGCCAGAGAUCUCCUAGAGGAAUUUGUUCCGCUGUUUCCGAGAAUUGUUGAUGCUUUAGUAUCUCUUCUAGAAAGUGGUGCUGAUAGGGAGCCAGAUAUCAUUGAGCAGAUCUUCACAUCAUGGUCAUAUAUUAUGAUGUAUCUGCAGAAAUAUUUAGUACACAACCCAUCAGAUGUGCUCAAGGUCACAGCGAAAUUGAGGUAUUACAAAAAGGAAUAUGUUCAACAAUUCAUGGCAGAGGCUAUGUCAUUUGUUCUGAGAAAUGCCCCGGAUGAGCAGCUCAAAAGAGGAAUUAAAAGAGUCUUUGCUGAGGCAGCAAAGAAGCCAUCUCCAUACCGAGAGUAUGGUGUUGAAGCAUUGCUUUAUAAUAUUAUGAAAGGUUACUCAUCAAGAUUUCAUUCAAAAGCAGAGCGGGUAUUGCAAAUAUUGACAAGUGAAGCAAUUUAUCCUUUUGAUGAUAAAGUUGACCAAGAGUCAAGAACUAUUUUGAACAUUGUAAAAUCUGUCUUUAGUAAAGUAUGUGAGAAUAUGGAGCCGGAGGAGUUGGAUUUGGUAUGGAACUGCUUAUAUAAAGAAGUGCAUGAAUGUGUUAGUUCCGGAAACAACAGGCAUUUAAGACACAAUUUAUCCGUGCUUGUCUCAGCUGUAAAGAUCCGAAAUGGGCAGAAGGUGUCUGAUUAUAAGCCUAUGCUUGCACUUGUCCUCCUGCUUGUGCGUACAUUUAUUACGCCUCAUGGAGCAAUUGAGUCAAAGGAAGAUAUGUAUUUAGUUGUUAAUAAAGUUUUGAAAUUAAUGUCAGCCAUUCUUGAAGGGCUUUGUCAUUGCAGUAAGUUAAAGAUAUCAGAGUGUGCUUUCCAAUGGGCUCCAAUUUUUAAAUUACGUUGCCCAAGUUUGCUGUGUUUCAUUAGAAAACUGCUCCAGAAGGAUCCUUGUUUACUUCCUUUCAGAAGUCAUGUUUUAAGUGCAAUAAAUGACUUUAUGGAGAUUUCAGAGGAAGAGGCCAUACAUUUAUUACAAUCCUUUUGUGAGAAAAUGCGAUCAGAUAUGCGAAACUCGGACUUUGUUGAUGGAGCAAGUGCAAAAGAACUAGCUAGAAUACACAGUCAUUUGCAAGGGAUCAUCAGUCAUUGGAUUAGAAAAAUAAACGAUAUUGCACAUUCUGAUGUAUCUUGUCAAAUUGAUGAAGACAAGUUGGCGCUGCUAUGGGGAGUUGUGAACUGCUAUUCUUAUAUGUCAAUUGUUGAAGCCAAUCCAUCCUUGUUGGUUGAUCUCAUGGAUGCUAUACAUCAGCUUCUAACUGUUAAACCUGAUACAUCUAGAAAAGCCUGGGAAAGCAUUAUAGGUGCUUCACUUGGUUCAUACAAUAGACUGUACAGUGACAGAAACAUCGGAGCUGAUGAAACUGGAAAGUUUCUAAGUUUUGCUAAACGGUACAAGACAUCUUCACAAGUUUUGGCGGCAGUUGCUAGUUAUUUAGAAUGCAAAUAUGGUUCCUCCAUGGAAGGCACUGGGUGCAAAAUUUAUCAUCCAGAACUUGAAGAAACGACUACAGAGGCAGUAUCAAUAUUUGCUGACAAUUUGCGCCAUUCAGACAAGGAGAUUCGCAUUUCAACACUUAAAAUACUUUGUUACUACACAUCUUUGGGCGGGGAAAAUUCUUUAAUGGAUGAGCCCACUGAGAAGAGAAGGAGAAUUGAAAUUUCUCCAGCUUCUAAUGCGGAUUGCGCAGGAAACAAUGCUCUGCAGUUGCUCCUCUUAAUUGAAAAAACUCCUAUUUCAAUUUCUACAAGCAGAAGCAUUCAGAGAUUGAUUUCCAAGAUACAGAUGGACCUAUCUGCUGGAAGGAUUCCUAAUGUUUAUGUGCCUCUUGUUUUGAAUGGAUUAUUUGGCAUAUUGAAUAAUCGAUUUAGCUACCUCUGGGAUCCUGUAUUAGAAUGCAUUGCUGUCUUGAUUAGCCUACAUUUUUCACUUGUGUGGGAUAAUCUUAUCAAUUAUCUGGAAAUGUGUCAAGCAAUAAUGGAGACCUCUAGUAACUUGCUUGUUUGUGCCAAUGGUGCUUCUCUUGAUCAGCCAACUGAUCUACUUGGUUGUUUCAAAUUUUUUGUCCAUCGUGCAUAUGAUUGCACGCCAUCUGUGACAAUAUUGACAUCAUUGCUGCAAGCGCUACAAAAAAUUCCAACUGUUAUUGAACCUCGCUCUAGGCAAUUUGUUCCGUUAUUCUUAAAGUUUUUAGGCUACAACGCUCCUGAUCUUAGAAAUUGCAGUGUGGGAUUGUUUGAUUCUCGUGCUUGUAAAGGGAAGGAGUGGAAGGCCAUCUUGAAAGAAUGGUUAAACUUGUUGAGACUCAUGAACAAUUCCAAGUCAUUUUACUUGAGCGAUUUUCUGAAGGAGGUUCUACAGAAUAGGCUUCUUGAAGAUGACGAUCCUGAAAUACAGAUUAGAGUUCUGGAUUGCUUGUUAAUCUGGAAAGAUGACUACCUUACAUCAUAUGCUGAGCAUCUGAGAAACUUGAUUAGUUCCAAGAAUUUAAGAGAUGAACUAACUAGAUGGAGUUUAUCCAGAGAAUCUCAAAUGUUUAAAAAAGAAUCUGAAAGGGUUGAAGAAUGUCACCGGGCUUAUCUUGUGCCACUAGUUAUCCGUAUUUUGAUGCCAAAAGUAAGAAAGUUGAAAGGACUUGCAUCUCGAAAGAAAGCAAGCAUUUGUCAUCGGAAAGCUAUUCUGAGUUUUAUAGCUGGCCUUGAUGUCGUUGAGCUGCCACUUUUCUUUGCAUUACUUAUUAAACCAUUGCAAAUAGUAGAGAAAACUGAUGGGCCUGCUAACUUGUUUUGGACUUCACAUAGAGGCUACACUAGUGAAUUUCAAGCAUCUUCUUUAUUAGAAUAUUUUACUUUGGACAGUUUAGCAACCCUAUCCUGGAAAAAGAAAUAUGGUUUUCUGCAUGUCAUUGAAGACAUUGUUGAAGUUUUUGAUGAAUUGCAUAUUAGACCUUUUCUUUAUCUACUGGUUGGGAGUGUUGUUCGGGUAUUGGAGAGCUGUACCUCAAAUCUUGACAAUGUAAAAUUGAAUGGGCUUCCUUCAGAUGAACACCAUUGUAGCACCAGCUCUAAUUUUCCCGCUGAGGACAAUGUGCUAGAAAAUCAAAACCUGAUUGGCAAUACUUUGAAGCAGCUCAAGGAUAUGAGAUCUCUAUGCCUGAAAAUUAUUUCCCUUGUUCUCAACAAGUAUGAUGAACAUGAAUUUGGUUCUGAUAUGUGGGAUAGAUUCUUUUCCUCAGUAAAACCACUGAUUGAUAAAUUCAAACUGGAGACUGCUAGUAGUGAGAAACCAAGUUCACUGUUGUCUUGUUUUCUGGCCAUGAGUGCAAACCAUAAACUUGUACCAUUGUUAUGCAGCAAAGAAAGUCUUGUACCUGAUAUAUUUUCAAUUAUAUCUGUCAAUUCUGCUUCUGAAGCUGUUAUAUAUUGUGUUCUUAAGUUUAUUGAGAACUUGUUAAGCCUUGACAAUCAGUUGGACAUUGAAGACAGUCCUGCCCACGGAGUUCUACUUUCCAAUAUUAAAGGACUUAUGGACAGCAUUUGCUGUUUAUUUGGAUGUGAUAAUGCAGCCAAGAGAAAGCUGAUCAAAUCUCCCGGGGAGACAGUGAUAAGAGUUUUCAAAUUUUUACCCAAGUACAUCAAAGAGGAAGAGUUGGCAAAGAAAUUGGUGGACUUACUACUUCUGUUUGUGGCAAAGAAACCCGAAAGUUCAGAUGUCUGUGUUGAAGUUUUGCAAGUCAUUCAAAGUUUGAUACCAAUAUUAGGAUGUCGAAGUACUGCUAAAAUUUUGAGUGCUGUUUCUCCUUUAUAUAUUUCGGCCGGCUUGGAUAUGCGAUUAAGAAUCUGUGACCUUCUUGAUGCCCUUGUAGCUUCUGAUGAAUCUGUAGUCUCAGUGGCAAAACUUCUUCGUCAGCUGAAUGCAACUUCUACUUUGGGUUGGCUCGAUCAUGAUGCUAUUUUGGAUGCUUACAGAAUGAUUAAUAUUGAUUUCUUCAGAAAUGUUCAAGUGGAGCACGCAUUACUUAUUUUAUCGCAUUGUGUGCUUGACAUGUCAUCAGAAGAAACAACUUUUAUUUAUAGUGCCCAUAGCUCGUUGCUGUCUUUUGUUGAUUUUUCUGCACUCAUCCUUUGUCUAGAAGGAAGCAGUGAUCAAGAGUUGCCUGUAAUUAAAAACACUGAUGCUUGCUGGACAAAAUCAUGCAUCCAGCGCAUAAUAAAGAAAUUUCUCUUGAAGCAUAUAGCAAAUGCAAUGGAUGGACUACUUGCUGUUAGAAAGGGAUGGAUGAAGCUGUUAAAUCAAAUGGUUUUGAAGCUUCCGGACGUGUCAAACCUUAAAUCACUUGCAGCCCUUUGCAAUGAGGAUGGUGAAGCAAAUUUUUUUGACGAUAUAACUGAUUCAGUGAUCCGUAAGAGAGUGAAGGCAUUGUCACGGUUUAGGAAUGUUAUAUGCAUGAAUAAAUUAUCAGAGUUCGUCACAGAAAAAGUGUUAAUGCGACUCUUCUUCAACAUGAUGUUUGAUGAGAAAGAAGGAACGGCUGAACAUAUGAAAAAUGCAUGCAUUGAGACCAUUGCUUCUGUAGCUGGUCAGAUGGGAUGGAAGUCAUACUAUGCAUUAUUGAUCAAAUGUUUUCGGGGAGUGUCCUCUAGUCCAGACAAGCAGAAACUCUUCCUACGCCUUAUAUGCUCUAUUUUGGAAAACUUUCACUUUUCAGAUCUUUCUCACAGUGAAGAACCAAAGGAAUCUUCGGGUGGUGUUUCUCACUCAGGGGUAACUGACACUGUCUCUUCAGGUACUUUAGACAACUUUUGUACUCAUGACGUGAACACCGAGAUACAGACUUGCCUCUAUAAAGUCGUGCUUCCAAAGAUACAGAAGCUGCUGGAUUCUGAUUCAGAAAGGGUCAAUGUAAGUGUCAGUCUUGCUGCUCUGAAACUACUUAAGUUACUUCCAGGAGAUGUUAUGGACUUGUAUCUUCCAACUAUUGUUCAUCGAAUUUCAAAUUUCUUAAAGAGUCAUCUAGAAAGCAUUCGUGAUGAAGCUAGAUCUGCUCUGGCUACCUGUUUGAAAGAACUUGGACUGGAAUACUUGCAAUUCAUUGUAAAAGUUUUACAAUCUACCUUAAAGCGAGGAUAUGAACUUCAUGUCUUAGGAUACACUCUUAAUUUUAUUUUGUCCAAGUGUCUUUCAAGUCCAGUUUGUGGAAAGAUAGAUUACUGUUUGAAGGAUCUGCUUUCUGUGAUAGAGAAUGACAUUCUUGGAGAUGUUGCUGAGCAAAAGGAAGUGGAAAAAAUAGCUUCAAAAAUGAAAGAAACAAGGAUGAAAAAAUCAUUUGAAAGCUUGAAAUUGGUGGCCCAAAAUGUAACAUUCAAAAGCUAUGCACUGAAGCUUCUUGCACCUGUGACUGCUCAUUUGCAGAAGCAUGUCACACCAAAUGUAAAAGGAAAGUUGGAAAAUAUGUUGCAUCAUAUAGCUACUGGUAUUGAAAGCAAUCCAUCUGUAGAUCAGACUGAUCUCUUUGUCUUUAUUCAUAACAUCAUUGAUGAUGGCUUAAAAGAUGAAGUUGGUUGGCAUGAGAAUAAAUUGAUAAAAUUGGAUGAUAAGAAUAGUCAUACUAAUGGUAAAAGAAUUUCUACAGGCCGUGUGGUUGCCAGUGGCUUAUUGUGUUCCCAUCUUAUUACAGUGUUUGGUCUCAGGAUAUUGCAUAAACGUAUGAAGGGUAUGAAACAAGAUGUAAAGGAUGAAAAUACUUUAUCCUUACUAGAUCCUUUUAUCAAGCUAUUAAGUGAUGGCUUGUGCUCUAAGUAUGAGGAUAUCCUGUCUGCUAGCCUUGGAUGCCUUACUGUACUAGUAAAGUUGCCUUUACCAUCCCUUCAAUUACAUGCUGAGAGAGUAAAGACCGCGGUGUUGGAUAUUGCCCAGAGUUCAGUGAACUCUAGCAGUCCUCUAAUGCAGUCUUGUUUGACAUUGCUGACUGUGCUUUUGAGGAACACUAAUAUUUCUCUUACUUCAGACCAAAUACAUCUACUAAUUCAGCUUCCAUUUUUUCUUGAUCUUGAAAAGAACCCAUCAUUGGUGGCCCUAUCACUUCUAAAGGGUAUUGUCAGCCGCAAGCUUGUUGUACCUGAGAUAUAUGAUCUUGUUACUAGGGUUGCUGAGUUGAUGGUAACAAGUCAAAUGGAAUCAGUUCGCAAGAAAUGCAGUAAAAUUUUGUUGCAGUUUUUGCUUGAUUAUAGACUUUCAGAAAAACGCUUGCAACAACAUCUGGAUUUCUUGCUCUCAAAUUUGAGGUAUGAGCAUUCAACUGGACGAGAAUCUAUUCUUGAAAUGAUUCAUGCUAUUAUCGUCAAAUUUCCAAGAAGUGUUUUGGAUGAGCAAUCACAGACAUUAUUUGUCCAUUUGGUAGCUUGCUUGGUCAAUGAUAAUGAUAAUAUUGUUCGUUCUAUGAGUGGUGCUGCUAUAAAGAAGCUCAUUGGUUCUAUUAGUCCUAAUUCACUUAAUUCUAUUCUUGAUUAUGCUCUUUCAUGGUAUUUGGGUGGCAAGCAGCAACUUUGGGGUGCUGCAGCACAGGUUUUAGGGCUGCUGAUUGAGGUGGUAAAGAAAGGAUUUCAUAAGCAUAUAGACCGUGUCUUGCCAAUGAGUUUCCGCAUCUUGCAGUCUGCUAUAGAUGCAGUCACAAACAGUCAAGUGGGCUUUUCAGCUGAAACUACCGUUCCCUUUUGGAAGGAGGCAUACUAUUCUCUUGUUAUGUUAGAGAAGAUGAUUCAUCAGUUCCAUGAUUUAUGCUUUGCACAGGAUCUCGAGGAUAUAUGGGAAGCAAUAUGUGAGAUGAUGUUGCACCCACACUCAUGGAUACGCAACAGAUCAGUUCGCCUGAUAGCUCUGUACUUUGCAAAUGUAACAGAUGUUAGCAGAGAAAAUCAUCAAAGCUCCUUCAGUAGUUAUUUUCUUAUGAAUCCUAGCAGACUAUUUUUAUUAGCUACUUCUCUUUGCUGCCAACUGAAAAUGCCACUCAUAGAUGUCGACGUCAAUGUGAUGACCCAGAAUAUUGUCUUUGCCAUUUGUGGUGUCCAUUCUUUAAUGGGGCAAAUAGGGUGCAUAGAUCCCCCAGCAUUCUGGUCUACUCUUGAGCAACACGAGAAAGAGCGGUUUCUGAAAGCUUUUGACUUGAUUGAUUCAAGAAAAGGAAGAAGCAUGUUCAUGUCCUCAUCUCUUACCACUUCUGUAUAUGAAGAUAACAGUCAGCUGAAUGUUGAUAAUACCCGAUAUAGACUUGUCUUCUUGUUGCUUAGGAAAAUGGGGAAAAUUGUUCUUCAAACUGAUGAUAUUCAGAUGGAAAUAGUCUUCAAAAGUUAUGGGAACAUUAUCUCACAGAUCAGUAAGGAUGACAGCAUGCAUUAUGCACAAGCUGUCCUGUUACCUCUGUAUAAAGUUUCUGAAGGAUUUGCUGGAAAAGUGGUUGCUGAUAAUCUCAAGAAGUUGGCAGAAGAUACCUGUGCAAAAAUAGAGAAAAUUUUGGGUACUGAGAACUUUGUGGAAGUUUAUAACCUUAUCAGGAAGAACCUCAAGUUGAAAAGAAAUAAGAGAAAACAGGAAGAAAAGGUCAUGGCUGUCGUAAAUCCAAUGCGAAAUGCCAAAAGGAAAAUGAGAAUUUCUGCGAAGCAUCGUGCCAACAAAAAGAGAAAGAUUACGACCAUAAAAAUGGGAAGAUGGAUGCAUUGAUUGAAGGAGAAAGUCCAUAUGUAUGCAUCCAGUUUGGCACGAUUCACGCUUCUCUGUCAAGGUUUUUAUACACCUUCCGAUCUUACCAUGAUCCAAGAUACUCUCUCGAUGUUGGCAAAAAAAUUCAAAUGGCAAAUGCCAUCUUAUAAAUGAUUGUUGUGCAGUUUUUUUACUGUCAUCUGCUUGCUUGAAGCAGAAUGAGGUUUAUGGAGAUCGUGAUUGAAUUGGUAUAAUAGAUGUCUCAGGCGGCAGAGGACAAACAUGACUGAAAGGACAGGUUUGGAAUGUUCUUGAUAAAUUUGGAAUUUCACUUUCAUGACAUGGUAGUAACCAUCUAAUUCUUUUAUGAAAGCAAAGUCCAUUUACAGUUAAUGCACUUAGAAGGACAGCUUAUUCUUUUGCCUCGAACAGCUGAGGAAGACUUCUGUAAUGAAUGAUUAGACUUGUUUCUGCAGAUUUUUGGGUAUAGCCAACCUUUUUUUGUACAUAGUGUGUAGCAUUGGGUAGGAGAACAUUCUUUGGGAUCUGUUGGUUGUUUGAUUCUAAAGUUCUGCUUUCUCUGCUGAUGUUAUCCUUGGGUCAUGGCAUUGUCGACAGACUUAGGUAGAUGGGGCAGUCGCUCCAAAGAGAAAUGUUUUUGUAGAGCAAAAUUUUGAUAGUGUAUUUGCCCAUUAUUCAAUUAGUCAUUAUUGAUUUUAUUCAA